UGAGCUAGUGUAAACUACUUGUGAACAUCAUUUACAACAAAUUUAUCAACAAGUCGAUAAACUUUGUCAUGGUUUACUAUUUUUUUUAUGGAAACGAUUUUGUCUAAGUCCAAUAAUUUAGUGUGAGGUACAUUACAUAGAUAGAGAUAGAUAACUUUAAAGAGUGCAAUUUUACAUAUCGCAUAUAAACCUGUAUAACCAUAGUGAUCUUUUUUUAGAAGAAUUUCUUUGAGAGCAUUACCUUUGAGUUAUAAUUUAAUUUACGCACAAUCUUACAUUUUUGCAAUAGUAAAAAAAAUUGUUUGUCUUAAAUAAUUAUAGCCAGUGUAAGAAAAAUGACUACAUCUCGAGGAAAGAAACGCCCACGUGAAGUUUCCAUAACGCAGAAAUUCAUGGAAGAAAAUUUUCCUAGAGAGAUUGGCGAAUCUAGAAAAUAUUUUGUCAGAACUGAACCGGAGUCUUCGUUGACGAAGAAGACGGGAAACGAACAUAUUAUUUAUUAUCAGCCGUUCCUGAAUUAUGACCUGGUUAUCACAAGGGUCCCAAGCGGUCUUCAAAAGUUUGGAAAUCUAUUCGAAAUUAAAAUUAAACCAGCCGCCUGGGCAGCAGCUUUCAACCAACGCGACCUCGAAUCUACCACAAAAUUUGUUUUGAAGGCGAUCGUUCACACGGAAUGUCGUCGUAUCAUCAUCGCCGACAGAAUUGCGAGACACAACACGCUCAAAAUUAUUGAACGAGCCAUAAUAUUCAUGAUGUCGAAAUUUAAUCCAACCUCGUACAUAAAUCCGUGGUCAUUUCCGUCCAGUUUUGACAAAAUUAUGGCUAAAUUUCCAUCUCUGGACGAUAAUCUAGCAUCCAAUAUUAGAUCCGUACUCAAACGAUUCGAUCCUCGCGUAGAACAGGAUGCACCGUCCCAAACUGGCGAACUCUUUGAUAGAAUGGAUUCAAUCGUCGAUAAUUUUUGGGAUGAUCGCGACCUCCCCGACGAACUUGGAGAUUUUCUCGAGCAUGUGGCAAGAGAGGAGACCAACUAUGAGGAAAUGUUUAGAAAAUGUGUGACUGUGGUGAGAAACUCCGGCAAUGUUAGAGAUAUGAAAAUGGACACGGCUCAAAUAGCUGCUGCAUUGACGAAAGGCACAAUUACGCAGAAUACGGAUCAAAUCGUGGACGCCGUCCAAUUUAGUGAGGAACGAUGGAAAGCCGCAUUUAAAAGUGGGUCCAUUUCAAUUGCAAAAAUAGCUGCGAAGUUGUCAAGCACCAUUAUCAGACUACAGUUUGGUGACACUGUCGAACUAAUGGAAUCCUUCAUUGGAGUCGAAUCCCUUUGCGCUGUUCAGAUGCUGGCAAUUUACCGCGCGUCGAAAUUCCUACACAACAUAAUGGACAUGAAGCAGGGAUACGAAGAAAUGUAUGAUUCCCAAAUACCAUCUCACAACGUAUACCCCACGGUCGAAGAAUGUAUCGAGAUCGAUAAAGAGAUUUUUCUCCAUGGGAGGAACAAUGUUCUUGGCAGGCUAAGAGACUUAUUGCAAGAACAAGUAGGCAUUUCAUCAGCUGAAAAAGGGAUUCCGAGCACUUCAGCAUCCGUUAUUCUACCACAAGCGCCGACCACACCAUUGGUCUUACCGAUUGUUCAAAAUGUUGAAAAUAUAGACCUCGGAAAUUUACCAUCGCCUUUGGAAGUUUUGGGCAUAAUGAAUUUAGGCGUGGAAAACAUAACGCAGAAUCCUGGAAUAAUUGGAGUCAGCAGAACUGAUCAUGACGGCGCCAAUUUUAGCUGGGUUGAAUUACCGCUGAAUAAGGAGGAACUAAAAGCGCUCAAACUGAAUGGAGGCGUUAAUGGGAUCGAGCCAAAAUUGUUGAGGGAUGAAUACCAAGACCCGACUUAUAUAUCGUUGACGAUUCGCUUCCCAAUUAAGUUAACGAAUGGUAUAAUGCAAGAAGCUAAAAGAAGCCACGCUCUUUCCAAAGGGACGUGGACCUCGACAGAGACGUUAUACAAGUCCAAUGGCCCGAUCCACAUGGGACGAAAUCUUUUACUUAAAAAUAUCUUUGAUGAGGACGAAUUCCGCGAUUCCACACCCUCCGGAAGAUCAAUGAAGGGCAAGAAAAAUACAGAACGGAAACAAUUAGAUGAAGAGAAGCAGUGUCUAAUAAUUGAUGUCAUCCGCUAUCUUACCUCAAGAGGAAUUGAUUUUGUCUCCAAGCCAGAUUAUUACCACGGUCCAUGGUCACCUUCUGUUGAGAAAGAUAUGAGAAAUGAGGUGAUUUGUUAUGGAUCUAAUAAAAUCCGAGGCCACAUGAAGAAGUUAGCAUUUUGCAUACUAUUUGAAAGGGAGAGUUAGUUUUUCAAUGACAGACAUUUUAAGGCAUUCUAAAAUGGUUGUGGGAGAUAUGUAUGGAUUUUUGUACAACUUCAUAAUUCCAAUUCCGGAUUGUUCAAUGAUUUUAUUCAGUAGAUAUUUGUUGUCAAUUUAUUAAAGUUAAUUAUGUAAUAAAUACAGUUUCGAAUAUAAUUUCUGUA